UUUUUUUUUUUUUUUUUGCUUUUCAUUCCAUCACCAUGUUUUCACCUGCUAUUAAGAGAAGUUUUGCCGUUGCCGCUGCUGGUACCGCUUGGGUUGCAACCGCACCUGUUGCCUUUGCCGAAGAAAAACUUAGCAUUUACGACGAACCUGAGCCCAAGGUUGUUAUUGUUGAGUCACCCACAAAGCUUGAAGAACAAGUUUAUAUUGCACAAAAAUUAGCCAACGAAACUUUGGAAGAGGGAAAGACUCAUGUCAACGGUUGGGUCCAAAAAGUGCAACAAUUAGAAAGUGAUGUUACAUCCAACAUCCAAAGCACCAUUGAUAAGGAUGAAGAGAUUUUCCCCAACCUUCUCUAUGUUGGUGUUGCAGCUUUAGCUGGUACAAUCAUUGCACGUAACCGCAAUGUUGUCCUUCGUUUCUUGACAUCCAGUACUUUAGCCGUUGGUGCUUCAUAUUAUUUACUUCCCAAGACCACCCAUAAUGUUGCUGUUCAACUUGAAAGAAUCGAAAAGAAAUAUCCUCAACUUGUUUCUGUUCAUGAGAGUGUCAACGAGACCGUAUUCGGUGUUCGUAAGCAAUUAGACGACGCCGUUUCACAAGUGCAAGGUGCUUAUACUGAAAACACCCAGAAAUUACGCCAACAAAUCCAAGAAAACACUGACAAAGUUAAGAACCAAGUCAACAGUGCUGUUGGUUCCACAAGCACCGAGGCAAAGGAUAAGUUCGACGAAGUAAAGAAGAAUGUCGAGAGCAUGUAUUCAACAAGAUCCAACCCUGGUGUUGAGGAGACCUUAAAGAAGAACUAAGCAACAAAAACAAAAAAAAAGUGUGUAGCUUUAUAGAUCAAAUACUUGUUUUAAAAAAAUAAAAUAGCAUAUAAAAAAGAGAGUUGUAUGACCUGACAAUGAUAUUAUCAUAA